AUGGAGGGUGGAGGUGAGGGCGAGGGAGCAGAGGCAAGGCUGCGACAGCAAGGGAGGGCUAGAGAAAGAACAAAGAUUGAGGCGACCCAGAGGGCCACGACUAUAAUGCUGCAAUGGAGGACUGGUGGCGAGGCUAUGGCUGCGAAGGAAGAAGGGCCAGAGGGCCAAAGGAUCAACAUGUACUCAGCAAGUUCCACAGUAUCAGAAUCAGAUGUUGCUCUUUUAGAGCGCAUUCGCCAGCAUCUUCUCAAUGACGAUGACGACUUUGAAACCCUGGCGAAAAUCGCUGAAAAUGUUCAGUUCCUUUGCCCAGAUUCAAGUUUCAUCACAUUCCCUUCACUGGAGACAACAAUGUCCUUCGAAGCAAAUGAUGACGACGCGGACGUCCAUCACGAUCCCCUGAAAGACGCUGUGGGAUUCGAAUCACCCUGCUCGUUGAAUGAGCAACCGGUCGUGGAUUACGGACACGUCGAAGCAAAUGAGGCCAUGCCUGCGGUGAUGCGCGAAUGUGACGCCCAGCCUGGAGGGUGUCUCUACCGGGGAGAAGCUGGGUUGGCUUAUGACCGGGCAGCGUUUGCAAUGCGUGGGGCCAAGGCCAGGCUAAAUUUCCCUCACUUGAUCGGUUGCGAUGAGGUGGAGCCCGUGAGGGUCACUCGGAAGCGGCACCGUUCACCUGAGGCUGGGAGCGGCUCGCUGGAUUCAAAGUGUAGAAAAGAGGACUCGACUGGCUCGGCCGGUGACCCUGAGGAGCUUAAUGGCUAUGUCAUGUCGUUUCAAUAG